GGGGGGGGGGGUACGUGAUGUGUGUGUGAUAGGUGGCAUAGGCGUGGAAGUGCACAGCAUGGCGUGUAAUUACAUGGCAUGGGUGUGUAUGUAAGUACACGCCAUGGUGUGUGUGAUAGAUGCCAUAGGUGUGUAAGUACGCAGUACCGUGUGUGAUACACGGCAUCGUGUGUAAGCACAUGGCACGGUAAGUACACAGCGUGGUGCGUUAGUACCUGGCACACGUGCGCGUUUGCACGUGGAGCUCCGUGGUCCAACCUCUGCACUUCCAGCAUCCUGUGUGCGUGUGCUACGUGCACACGUGGGCUCUGUGUGCCGGGGUAUCCAGCCCUGGUGUUUUCCCCUGCUCUGGCCCAACCCCGCUUUGCCAUCCCCUGCUGUGGGGCAGAGCCCCCAGGGAGCCCCUGGCCUGGGUGUGGGGCGGGGGAGCCCCGGGGGGGCUGCAGGGCUGCCAGCAGCAGCAGCUCGCCGUACCCUUGGGUGACCUUCAGUGGCUCCUCGCAGCCGUGCUUUUGGCUCCACGGGACUCCUGCUCGGCUCUCCGAAGGGAAGGCCGGCAUGUCAGCCAUCUGAGGGUGGCGGAGAGCCCAGGAAUUCUAUAAAACGCGCAGGAUUGGGAUUGUACGUCUGUGCUGCUCUGCCACUUACAAGUGUUUUUUCCGUAUGCCAGCUUUCAUGUGCCAUCUUCUGUGCAUGCGCUUCCCUGAAACGGGCUUCUUUUCCAGAUGAACGUUCUCGGUAGCAGAUGCCUAGAGGAAGAGGUGACCUUCUGAGCAUCAAGAUGAGCGAGUGGGAAAGGAUUUUUCUGCAAAACCUCACUGUUCCUCCCUACUCUCAGCGGAGGCGGAAUAUCCCGAAGGAGUCAACGGCUUUUCAAUGUGUCCUGAAGUACGUCGAGGGGACUGUCAUUACGCAGCGAGCGGCGGGCGGCUCGGCGGGCGUGGAGUUCCAGCUGCGCCUGUCCCUGUUCGAUGUCGCCUAUCACCACUUCUUUGGCCGGACGUGGCGGAGCAGCGCCAGGACCCCCCGCAGUGCCCCGCAGCAGCGCCCCAGGGUGGUGUUCAAUGAGGCCGUUUACUUCCACACCUCGCUGAACCACCCCAGCAUCAUGGCUGUGGUGGAGGUGGUGGCGACAGCCCAGACACCGGAGGGGCUCUGCCGGGAUCUGUCGUGUGGCUUUGGGCUCGUCCCCCUGUUUGACAGCAGGUGGGAUCCCACGGACCUGGCCGUCAAGGACAGAGUACUCAAGCUGUACCAUGGGACACCACGUGCCUUACUGCAUCCACUUUUCCAGGACCCUGUAGAAAAGAACAAAUACAUGACAAUAAUGGAGAACAGCCACCUGCAGUACACCCUGAAGCCCCACCCACCCCUGGAGACGAUAUUUCACCUCCUGCCUGAAAACCUUCUGGUGUCUGGGCUGCAGAAAAUCCCUGGCUUGCUCCCUGCGCACGGAGACACAAGUGACUGCUUUCUGAAACCGCGGCUCAUGAAGUCGGUCACCUGCUACCUGGACAAGCUCUCCAUCAGGCUGUACCCUUCUCUGGAGAAAUUCGAGGAAGAGCUGCUGGAGUUACUGAACAGUGACCGCUCGCUUAAGGUGAGCGCCCGGCCUGCCGGCAGCGCGCUGUCGGUGCAGGAGCGGCGGCUGCGUGUUGGCGUCCACAACGGCCUGCGCUUCGUCCAGGCGCCGCAGGUGGCCGUGCUGCUGCCGGCAGCGGAGGUGGCCCGCGGACGGCCCGACGGCCCCCCGGCCAGCGUGGCGGGCCAGGCCCUGCUUCUGAGGAGCCGCCUGCAGCUGAGCGAGAUGGUUCCUCACCCUGCCUUCGGGGUCUGCUUCCAGCUGGAGUAUGUCGUCUGCGCCGCGGCCGGAGCCAGCAGCAAGGUGAAGCAAGUUGCAUCUGGUACUGUCCAAUUCCAUGUUUCCACUGAUUCAGAAGAAAAUCUUGCAACUUCUACAGAUAUCUCAAGUAAAGCCAGGAAAGAGUCAGAGAAGCCUCCUACACCAUCUCUGAGUCCGCCCUCCCCGCUGCGCCUGGAGGUCUCCCCGCGGGGACCAGGGUUGUCGCUCUCCGAGCUCUCGGCCUCGCCGUGCGGUAAGGGUGAGCCCCCUCUGCCGCGGAGCAGCGGCGCCCCAGUGCCCCGGCCCCGCGGGACACCACGGGACACCAGCGUGCUCAGAGCCCCCGGCACCGCUCGCGCCGAGCCUGCCGUGCCCUGGCACGUGGCUGGGAUCACGCACCUGGAGGCCGACCUGCACCCCGGCUCCCCGGACCUGGACCUCUCCGGCAGCGAGCAGCUGCGGGAGCUGCCCUUCGCGCCCGCCCAGGCGCCCAUCGUGGCCGUGGGGCUGCCGGCAGGCAGUUCCAGCACCGUGUGCUCUCGUGCUUCCCUGGCGCUCCUGCAUGCCUCUGGCUUUCCAGAAAUCCUGGACUGCAACAAGGAGCCUGUGGAGAUUGCAGAGCCCCUGGACUCCACGAGCUUCAGUCCUCAGCUGGAGGAAGCUGAUGCUCUGCAGAGCAAUGAAAUAAUCCUGCAGUUCCUUGCUUUCAGUAGGGCUCCUCAGGAUGGAGUGGAAGGGACGUGGCCCAGAACCGUGUUCCUCACCUUCCAGUUCUACCAUUUCCCACCGGUCACCACACCACGUCUGCAGCUGGUUGACAUGGACAACGAGAAGGCAGCCAGGUCAGCCGCACCGCCUCAGCUCCUUGUCCAGAUCAACAAAGACGGGACUCCACACACUGGAGCUCCGGGACUGCAGCUGAAGUACAUGGUGGAUCCCGCCUUCCUGAAACCUGGGGAACAGCGCUGGUUUGUGUGCUACCUGGCUGACCACAGUCUUCAGAUUGACAUCUGGGAUGGAGACUCUUUGCUUCUUGUUGGGUCCGCCGCAGUUAAAUUGAAGCCCCUGCUGCGCCAGGGCCGGCCGGCCGUCAGGACCCUCCACGAGCUGGAGGUGGCAACCACGGAGUACGAGCAGGAUGCGGUGGCAGUGGGCAGGGACGCGCUGUGGCACGGAGCGGUGCGGCCCGUGGACGUCCGCGUGGCAGUGAGGGGUCGCCUCCACCUCUGCCUGGCCAACGUGGGCCACCGCUGUGAGGAGACCCCGAGGAUCCCAAGGCGCCCAUCGCCAUCGCGUGCCCGCCUGGUGCCCUCGCUGGACAGUGUCAGCAGCCUGCGGGGCGGCAGCUUGCUCUCCCUGCAUGCCGGCAGCGGUCCAAGGGUGUCGCGGGCACGCAAGCUGGCCGAGGUGGAUGGCGAGCUGGCAGCCACGCUUUGUAGCCACCGGCCAGAGGCGAGCCCGGCCUCCCCACGUGCCCCCCACGAGGCCGCAGAUGUCCGGCGGCGCAAGCUGCGGCGCAUGGCGCUGGUGCGGCAGCAGGAGGAUGCCGGCGGGAGCACGCCCCAGCGCACGGGUCGGCACGAGCAGCGCCUGCAGCACUUGCGGGACCUGCAGGUGAUCAGCGCCUACCGGGAGCGUACCAAGAGCGAGAGCAUCACCCAGAUGCUCAGCCAGGCCAUCACCGCCACCCACACUGUCUAUGCCGUGCUGGGGACGGCUGAGUUCUUCGAGUUUGCUCUGAAGAACCCCUACAGUGUCCAGCACACGGUGACGAUCGAGUUCGACCACCCCGAGCUCAGUGUCAUACUGGACGCAAGGGAGUGGCGGCACUUCAAGGAGCUGACGAAGGUGGCUACACCGCUGGAAGAGGACAUGUUCCACCUUCGUGAUGACCUUAGGCCCCAGGUCUACCUGCGUCCCAAGGAGACGGUCCACAUCCCAUUCAGAUACCAGACGUUCUCGGCAGAGCCGGCUGUCGCAGCGGUGCCGGGGCCGGCGGGGCUGAGCGCCGGGGAUGAUGCAGCCACCACCUCCUGGCAGCCUGGGGCCAUGCAGACGAAGCACAUCCAGGUCACCUUCCGCGUGAGCGGGGGGAAGCCCAUCGCGCUGCUGCGGGUGAAGGUGGAACCCCGUCCCCACGUGGUGGACCAGACCUUCAGGUUCUACCACCCCGAGCUCACCUUCCUGAAGAAGGCCAUCCGGUUGCCGCCCUGGCACACGCUGCCAGGCGCUCCGGCAGGGAUGCCGGGUGGGGAGCCGGAGAUGUAUGUUCGCUGCAGUGACCCUAACAUAAUUUGUGAAACCAAAAAUAUGGGUCCCGGGGAACCACAGGACGUCUUCUUAAAAGUAGCUGGAGGACCAAGCCCACAGAUCAAAAAAUUCUUUGUUGCUAUUUAUACGGACGCCUGGCUGGCCGCGCCGCUGCGCAUCUGGCAGUUCUACCUGCACUCCCUGCAGCGCCUGGACGUCAGCUGCACCGCCGGGCAGCUCGCCCGCCUCGCCCUGCCCCUGCGCGGCACGCGGGCCCUCCGGAAGGUGAAGGCAUUCUCCUCGCAUCCCCACGAGCUGAAGGUGGAUCCUGAAGGAGUGUUUGUUCUGCCCCCGAAUGGUGUCCUGGACCUGUAUGUUGGCGUGAGGCCUCGGAGGGCUGGCAGCAGGUUCAUCUACCUCAACCUGGUGGACGUGGAGUACCACCAGCUGGUGUCCUCCUGGCUGGUCUGCGUCUCCUGUAGGCAGCCUCUCAUUUCUAAGGCGUUUGAGAUAACGCUCCCUGCGGGCGGCGGGAGGGGCUCCAACAAGCGCAUCACCUACACCAACCCCUACCCCACUCGGAGGGUGUACUUCCUGGGCACCAGCCGCCCCGACCUGCUGCAGUUCAAGGAGGAUUCCUUCGAGGUUGCUGGCGGGGAGGUGUACACUAUUGGCUUGCGGUUCGCCCCGAGCCAGAGCACAGGUGAGGAGGAGAUCCUGAUCCACAUCAAUGACCACGAAGACAAGAACGAGGAGACCUUCUGUGUGAAGGUUGUGUACCAGUGAGACUGGGCAGGGCGCUGCUCCAGCAGUGCAGCAACUUCCAUGGCAUCUGCCGCACCACCCCAGCAGCACCAGUCCGUCUCAUCUGUGCCUCCUCCAGUUCUGAAUCCUCCUCGACCACGUUGUCUGCAAAUGGGCGGUGUGCUGGACUCCUCAGCGAGCCCAGCCCUGUGCAGGAACCCAUGCUCCCUGGUUCUCACCUCACCACUGGUGAGCUGUGAGGUCUCACUUGCCUUAUAGUGAGUGCUGGUGGUAGUCCUGGCUGCCCUCCGUCAGCUCGAAAUGGGGGGAUGAAUGUUUUUGCUACUGUGUCACAACUGCAGAAGAAUGUCUUUAUUUUUGUUUAGCGUUAUAUAUUUCAGGCGUUUGAUUUUUUUUAACAAAGUUUGCAUAUCUGAGUGCAGAAUAUUUUUAAAAUAUUUACUGUGCACUGAACUUUGUACAAACGGAAACAAUUUUCUGGAGUUUUAAGUACUUUUUACUUGUUCUAGAUCAAUUAAACUUGCUGCACAGA